AUGUUCCAGCGCCUUACCAGCCUCUUCUUCAGUACUCCCCCGCCCCCCGAGGACCCCGGAUGCCCCCGAGCCUUCGUCUCCGAGGAGGAUGAAGUGGACGGCUGGCUCAUCAUUGAUCUGCCGGACAGCUACGCGGCUCCACCCAGCCCCGGGGCCGCUCCUGCUCCCGCAGGCCGCCCUCCGCCCGCGCCCUCCUUGAUGGACGAGAGCUGGUUUGUUACCCCUCCCGCCUGUUUUACUGCAGAGGGGCCCGGACUCGGGCCCUCCCGCCUCCAGAGCAACCCCCUGGAGGACCUCCUCAUCGAGCAUCCCAGCAUGUCCGUUUACGUCACCGGCAGCACCAUAGUGCUGGAGCCUGGGCCCCCUUCCCCGCAUCCCGAUGCUGCCCUGCCUGACGGCGACCUUAGCGAAGGGGAGUUGGCGCCCGCCCGUCGCGAGCCCCGGGCCCUGCACCACGCCGCCGCCCCUCUGCCGGCGCGGGCUGCACUGCUAGAGAAGGCGGGCCAGGCGCGGCGGGUACAGCGGGCCCGGCAGCGCGCCGAGCGCCACGCGCUGAGCGCCAAGGUGGUGCAACGGCAGAACCGCGCCCGCGAGAGCCGUCCGCGCCGGCCCAAGCAUCAGGGCAGCUUCGUCUAUCAGCCAUGCCAGCGCCAGUUCAACUACUGA